AUGUUUGUUUUUAGAGUUCUUCAGAAACUGUCUACGCUGAUUAUGGUCGUAGUGGUGGUGGCUGCAUGCUACUUUGCAAAGCCAUACUCGGUGUUCAGUAUCCAUCCUGUAGCCAUGAUCUGCUUUUUGGCUCUGGGUUCUGAGGCUCUACUUGCUUUCCAGUCCUUCAAGUUGCGCAAAAAGGAUCAUGGAAAAAAGCGACUUCCUAUGAUGAAGCAGAUUGAUACUCACAGAGGCGCUGCCAUUAUUUCUGUAUUCAUGCUACUAAUUGGCUUUGGUGCCAUCUACUCUGCAAAGAACUACAAGCACAAACCUCACUUUGAAAGUGAUCAUGCAUUUUAUGGUGGCAUUCUUGUUGCAUGGGCUGUUUCCCAACUGAUCUUUGGAGGCCUUGCAUUCAAUCUCAAAUUUCCUCGUAUCAUGCACAAGGCACACGGACUAUCAGGUGUCAUACUUCUCAUGACUGCCACGGCUUUCACUGCCUACACUCAGAUUGGCAAGCCUACUAGCUGGUUUGCAUCUGCUUCAAAUGGUAUUCCAUUUUCAUAUAUAGUUCCCUUUCGUUUAAUUGCUGUCGGUGCUCUUAUCUCUACUUGUGCACUAAUGGGCUUGAAUUACUUGCUGAAUCGUCGCGGACGAGCUUAA